UAAUCCUCCUCCUGCCCCGCGCAUUGGGGAUGAGACAGAGUCCCUGUCCUCAAGCUGCUUCCAGACUAGAGAGGGAAACAGAAAUGCAGUGAGCAGUUAUACUCAGUGGUGUCAAGGUCAGUGGUUCCCAAACUCACCUGGAAGGCCUGUUAAAGCACAGAUUAAUGGGCCCAACACCCAGGAUUUCUGACCCAGGAGAUCUGGGGUGAAGUCCAAGAAGUUGCAUCUCCACACUUUGAGAACCGGUGACUGAGAUCCAAGUGUAAAGAGAAGUCAGGCCUAGCAGGCUUCCGAAAGACCUCCAAAGUGUCCACUGAGCCGAGUGAGGCAGGUGAGGGGUGGAAGGGCGUUCCGGCCGGAAGGAACAGCAUGUUCCAGGCACAGAGGCCUGAAAGGCCCUGGUGGGUCUGAGGAACUGAAGUAAAUCAGCUUGAGGAAAAGGCAUUUGUGGGCAUGUGGCCAAAGAAGUAAGCAGAAGUCAGCUUGUCAAGAAGGGCCUUUAGGCAAGACAGGAAAAUGCCCAGAUUUGCGUUACAGAAGGAUCUCUGGUUGCCCCGUGGAAGAGGGUUGAAGAGGGAGAGUUAGGAGCCUGUUGCAAAAGCCCAGAUGAGAGACACUGGUCCACACGUGCAGGGCCGUGGGAGGGGGCUCUGCAGCCGGCCGUCUGCUUUCCUCCACUCCCGUUGCCUUCGCUCUGGGCGAUGGGCUGGCCUUUGAGCACAGCCCUUCCUGUCAUUGGAAGGGAAUGUCUCGGGCCUUGAUCGGAUUUCCCUGAACACCGUUUUUGCGAAUUGGGACCCUGCCCCCAGCAGGGGGACAGCAGAGUGGAGGAAGAAGGAAGAGCCUAGAAGGCAGGUUCUGGGCGCCCGUCCGUCUUCCUCUUCCAGGGAAGGUGGCGUGAUGUCCCUUUUACUCUGCCCUCUUUUCACCCCUUCCCCUUGUCCCUGCCUGGCAGACUGCUGGCAGUGCCGCUGGAAGGGAGGGGAGGAGCGGUGGGAUUCGUUGGCCUGUCUGUGGAGGUAGGAUUGAUGGAUGUGGGGACUCCUGGCUUGUCCAUGGCUUUAUCUGGAAGGGGAGGCCGCGUGGGUGGAGAGGGAUAUUCUAGGUAUGCGUUCCCAAUCCUUCAUCUGUCACUGGAUAGGAUCGUAAACGUGUGUGUGAGUGCCCGUCCGUCUUGUGUGUCUGUUGCCUGCGUGACAGCGCCUUCAUUCUUGUCAGCCAGCCCUGAGAAUGUCUGUGGGUGUUGGUGACUCUCGCUGUGUCUGCUGUGUGCACCGAGGCAAUACGCAGACAGAUGGCAGGGGGCCUGCGGGGUGAGGGGCACAGGCCGCUUAGGUUGAAGCUAGGAAGUGCCUCUCAGGUGCUAUGUUACCUCAGGUGACCAGAAUGGACCUGUGGCCGGGGGCAUGGACGGUGCUGCUGCUGCUCUUCCUGCUGCUGCUCUUGCUGCUGCCCACCCUGUGGUUCUGCAGCCCCAGUGCCAAGUACUUCUUCAAGAUGGCCUUCUACAACGGCUGGAUCCUCUUCCUGGCUGUGCUCGCCAUCCCCGUGUGUGCCGUGCGAGGGCGCAAUGUCGAGAACAUGAAGAUCUUGCGUCUGAUGCUGCUCCACAUCAAGUACCUGUACGGGAUCCGCGUGGAGGUCCGAGGGGCUCACCACUUCCCUCCCUCACAGCCCUACGUCGUGGUCUCCAACCAUCAGAGCUCCCUCGACCUGCUUGGGAUGAUGGAGGUCCUGCCCGGCCGAUGUGUGCCCAUCGCCAAGCGGGAGCUGCUUUGGGCUGGCUCUGCCGGGCUGGCCUGCUGGCUGGCUGGAGUCAUCUUCAUCGACCGCAAGCGCACCGGGGAUGCCAUCAGUGUCAUGUCCGAGGUCGCCCAGACCCUGCUCACCCAGGACGUGCGGGUCUGGGUUUUCCCUGAGGGCACAAGAAACCACAAUGGCUCCAUGCUGCCCUUCAAACGCGGCGCCUUCCACCUGGCAGUGCAGGCCCAGGUUCCCAUCGUCCCCAUCGUCAUGUCCUCCUAUCAAGACUUCUACUGCAAAAAGGAGCGCCGCUUCACGUCGGGGCGCUGUCAGGUCCGGGUGCUGCCCCCAGUGCCCACAGAAGGGCUGACACCAGAUGACGUCCCAGCUCUGGCCGACAGAGUCCGGCAUUCCAUGCUCACCAUUUUCCGGGAAAUCUCCACUGAUGGCAGGGGCGGUGGCGACUACCUGAAGAAACCUGGAGUCGGCGAGGCCCGGCUCUGAGCUCCCCUCCACCCCCCCCACCUGCCAGCCCGUGGGCUCUGAAGCAGGACCAAGCCCUCUUCCUCGUCCCCCCCUCCCUGCUCAGUCUCCUCUUCGGAGUCCAGCUUCUGAAGUGAAUGUCUGCCCCUCCCCAGCUCCCCCAUGGACUCCUUGCCUCGGUGCAGCCUCCACUCUGACCCCACCCACCUCCUGUGCCCUGAGUCCUGGGACAGUGCCUCCCCCUCAUCUCCAGUGCUCAGCCCACACACAGCGGGAGCACUCCAUCCUGCCCAGUGGGCCGCCUUCCUUCGUGGUCUCUCCCUCUCCCCGACAUUGGCCAGUGGACUCAUCCAUUCCGUGGAACAAAUCCCCCGCCUCCACGCCCGUGGAUUCAGUGGACUCAUCCGUUUGCGAGGAGGACUCCAUGCUGGGCCUGGAAGCUGGUGCCUGGAACACCUCCCAGGCUCCUCCUGGGAACACUCCUCAGCAACGUCACCCUCCCUCCGGUGGAGCCUCCGUCAGGGGGCUGGACUCUUCUCACUCCGAGGUCUCAUUCCUGCCCGUGCCCAGGUGCCCAGGACUGAGCACACUCCCGGAUGCCAGUUUGGUCUUCACAUUUCUGCUCCCCCUGUUCCUGUGCCGGCCCCACCACCCCCUCAGCCCUGGGUCCAUUCUGGAGAGACAUGGGGAAGCGCACCGCAGGGCUGCACUCGGGCUCCCGCCGGGGAAGCGCUGACCCCUGGCUGGAGGGGAUGGGAGGGCUUUUAUUUAUUUCUCUUUCUUUUGAGGUUUCCCCCUUUGAGCCAGUUUUCAUUUCCUCCCUGUGGCAUUAGCCUCCCUGCCUCCCAUCCCGGACCUGUGCCCACAACAGGGAGGGGCUGGGAGCAAAGGAGAGGGUGGGACUCCGUUUUUCAUGGUUGGUUUUUAUUAAUUAUCUGGAUAACAGCAAGGAACCAAGAAUAAAGACAGAGCGAUCUGGA